AUGCAAAGGGAAAGAGCGCAGUGCUCUUUCAACACGAGAGAGCUUACGCACUUCCUCGAUAACGGAGCUGAGAACACGGCUAAGCUGGAGAAGAUGAUGCUUCAGUUCGAAAGGGACCCGGUGUUUAAGAUCCCACUGUACGAUCUCUCUUGGAAAGAGCAGCGUGAGAUGACGUUCAGGAGAAUCACCAGAAUGGUUCCCUUCAUCGCGAGUGAUACUGAAGAGGAGUUCAUCAAGCGGUUUGGGCUCUUGGGGAUCUUUGAUGGAGCUACAUACACCAGACUGGGUGUUCACUAUGGCCUCUUUAUUCAGACAGUGAGAAGCAUGGGCACAUCUGAGCAGGUGCAGAAGUGGAUCGUUGAUAAAGGCGGUGUGAACUGCCACAAGUUCUUUGGCUGCUUUGGUAUGACGGAGUUGACACAUGGAUCAAACGUUGCCGGGUUGCAGACCAUUGCGGAAUACGAUCCGGAUGAAGAUGUGUUUGUCAUAAACACGCCAAACUUGGGUGCUACGAAAUGGUGGAUUGGAGGUGCUGCUCAUAGUGCUACGCAUUGUGUUGUCUAUGCCAGAUUGGUGGUUAAGGGUCGGGAUUAUGGUGUCAAACAGUUCAUCGUGCAGUUGAGAGACAUUGACACGUUUGAACUGUUGCAAGGAAUAGCCAUUGGUGAUAUUGGUAAAAAAAUGGGCCGUGACGGCAUUGAUAAUGGCUGGAUUCAAUUCACAGACGUUGCGAUUCCAAGGGAUAACAUGUUGUGCAAAUACACACAGGUUGACGAUGAAGGCAACGUUUCCAAACCUAAAUUUGCAGAGCAGAUGGGUUAUGCAGCUUUGGUUAAGGGAAGAGUAUCCAUGGUGACUGAUUCUUAUAAUACCGGUAAGAGAUUCAUCACAAUUGCAUUGAGAUAUGCAGCGAUGAGAAGACAGUUCGGUAAAGAUAACGAAGGAAAUGAAAAGAAGAUUAUCGACUACACUCAUCACAGAAGAAGAUUGUUCCCUUUGCUCGCUUCUGUUUUCGCCAUGAAUUCUUCAAGUAUUGAAGUUGAAGCAUUCCAAUCUAAAGUUCAAGAACAAGUUAUUGAAGGUAACAUCGCUGAAGCUAUUCCAAACUUGAAGGAUUUGUUUGCCCUCUCAGCUGGUAUGAAGGCAUUUGGUACUUGGGAAACAUGUAAGAUUAUUGAUGAGGGAAGACAAAGCUGUGGUGGACAUGGUUACUCUGCAUAUAAUGGCUUCGGUCAAGGCUAUAAUGAUUGGGUAGUACAAUGCACUUGGGAGGGAGAUAACAAUGUGUUGAGUUUGAGCUGUGGAAGAGCACUAAUUCAAAACUAUUUAUCCAUGGAGAAGGGUGAGGCCCUUGGUAUCUAUUCAGCUUAUUUGAAGAACAAUGAGAACAUGGAACUCAAGUCCGAGGAUUUGAACAACACCGCUGUUUUAAUAAAGGCUUGGGAGACCAUAUCGAGAAAUUUGAUUAAGAAAGCUACAAAUAGUUAUGCAAAGUUCUUUUCUGAGACGAAAGACCAGGAAGCAUCGUUUGAAAAGGUCUCCUCGAACAGGUUCCAAAUUGCAAAGAUCCACACGAAAUUGUUGACUUUGAAGACUUUCUACCAAAGAAUUCAAAGUGCAAAUGAAUCAGUUAAACCUGUCCUAUCUCUGUUGUGUAACUUGUAUGCACUCCAUAUCACAUCUGAGAACAUUGCCGAGUUUUACUCGUUUGGAGUAAUUAGAGGUUCAGACUUCUACGAAGAUCUCAACUAUAUGAUUGAUCAGCUCAAUGACAGAUUGAGACCUGAUAUCGUUGGUAUCACAGACGCUUUCAAUUUGAGUGACUUCUUCCUCGGUUCGCAAAUUGGGAAGAGAGAUGGUAAUAUCUAUGAGUCGUAUUUCUCGUUUGUAAAUGGUCAGACUGGUAAGGAGAUGAAACCAUUCUAUUAUGACAGCACUUAUAAGCCAUUCCUACAUAGAGAGCUGAAGAAGAGUGACAAUGAUGCAGCUGAAUGA